AGAAACACACACAUGCUGUGAAUAAGCACUGAUUUCAGAGAUGAAGGGAUGGAUCCAAGAAAUAAAACGAAAAAUGAUUCAGGAGAGAAGAUGAGGUGGAGAGAGAGAGUGAAAGAGAGGAGAGAAAAGGAAGGAAAGCAUCAGCCUGUUUUUGCUCUUAUCCCACAGCCGACGCUCCACUGAAUCAUGCCGAUAAGCCGAUCCGUGCUGCUCGUCCUCAGCUGGUGUGUGUGCCUGAGUGUGUGUGUGGAGGACGCUGAGACUCCGGAGCCACACAGAGACUCAUCAUUUCCUGCUGAACCCUCUCCGAGCUCACACAGUCAAAGAGAGGCUUUAACACCGGAGCAUGAGGAGAACCAGGAGCUGAGAUUCUUACACAGAGAGCAGAUUAGAGACAGAAUCUCAGAAAGCACCACGUCUGCACUUUCCCUCCAGCAAAGCAGCAAAAGUCUAAUAUGGGUUUAAAGACUAACACCACAAUCCAUUCCACGGAUUUCCCGAAGUCCCAUCUACAAGAAGUGCUAAAUGGAAAUGUCAGACUCUCUAGGAGAAGAAGGAGCUGGAUCUGGAACCAGUUUUUCGUUAUAGAAGAGUACAGUGGACCGGAACCUGUUCUGCUUGGACGGCUGCGCUCCAGUGUGGAUCAAGGUGAUGGCCGUGUCUUGUAUGUCCUGAGCGGAGAGGGGGCGGGGUCAGUGUUUGUGAUUGAUGGACGAACCGGGAAUAUCCAUGUGACAAAGCCUCUGGACCGCGAGCAGAAGGAUCAGUACAAACUUGUCGCCACGGCGACGGACCAGCGGACAGGCCGUGUGCUUGAGGCCUCGUCCCAAUUCAUCAUCAGAGUGCAGGACAUCAAUGACAACCCACCUGUGUUCAAACACACACACUACAUUGCCAGUGUAUCUGAGAGAGCCAGCGCAGGGACAUCUGUGAUCCAGGUUACAGCGUCAGACGCAGAUGAUCAGUCGUAUGGGAACAGUGCAAAGCUUGUUUACUCUGUCACCCAGGGCCAGCAGUACUUCUCUGUGGACCCACAGUCAGGUGUUGUGCGGACUGCAGUGUCUAAUAUGGAUAGAGAGCAGCAGUCUCAGUAUAUUGUGGUCUUGGAGGCGAGAGAUAUGGCAGGACAUCAGGGAGGUCUCACAGGAACCACCAGCAUCACCGUCCACCUCACUGACAUCAACGACAAUCCUCCACACUUCACCCAACGUGUGUGGAUGUUCUCCGUAUCAGAGUUAACUCUCCCGGGUGAAGUGGGUCGUGUGAGUGCUACAGAUGCUGAUGUUGGUAAAAAUGCUCUCCUGGACUUUACCAUCUCAGAUGGAGAUGGGGGUGAAAUGUUCAACAUCACUGGACUGAACCAAGAGGGUGUGAUUUUCCUCAGACAGGCUUUGGACUUUGAGACCCGUAGCUCGUACACACUCUCGGUGGAGGUGCAGAACCCGAGCGUGGACGUGAGUUUCCUCCGCGGUGGUGUGUUGAAGGACGAGGCGAUGGUGAAGAUCAGCGUCCUGAACGCAGACGAGCCGCCGCUCUUCACUCACAAACACUACACCCUGAACAUCUCAGAGAACUGCAGAGCACCGUGCAGCGUGGGCCGUGUUCACGCCAUCGACCCCGACACGGGACAGAGCACCAACAUAGAGUACUCGAUUGCCCCCGAGUCUGACCACGGGGCAGUUUUUCGUAUCUCCCCCAUCAGUGGUCUCAUCACAGCGGUGAAGGUGUUGGAUCGAGAGCGUGAGCAGUGGCACAACAUCACGGUCACUGCUGCUCAGAGAGACAGCCCCAAUCAGGUUACCAGGGUAGUGGUUGCCAUAGAAACGCUGGAUGUAAAUGACAACCCCCCUGAACUGGAUGGACCGUACGAGACAGCAGUGUGUGACACCGGCACCACCGGACAGGUGGUGCAGGUGAUCCGGGCUGUAGACAGAGAUGAGAUCAGCUCCAGAUCAGCUGUAAUCUUCAGGGUAUCUCCACACAGCAGCCUGUCUCUGAACUUUAGCACCCAGGCAAGAGGAAAUCACACAGCCAAUCUGCUGCUCCUGUCCUCCUUGAAACCCCUCCCUCGUCCCUCCUCUUCUCCUGUACUCUCUGUAAAAGUUCCCGUAAUUCUGCGGGACAGAGGGUCUGAGCUGAGCAGCACGGGGACAGUGACAGUGACACUGUGCCCCUGCCAGAACGGAGGGAUGUGGGUAGAGGAGAGAAGGAGAGGGAUGGAUGGAGGGAGGAGUGGUGAAGGAGAGGUGUUGAUGGCAUGGGAGAGACACAGGGUGUGUUCAUCUCUUCCCACUUCCUCCAUGCUGCUGGGCUUCAGCUCCACUGCCAUGCUGAUCAUCCUGGCCUGCUCCUCCGUCCUCAUGGUAGUGGUCUUGUCUCUCUCCAUGCAGAGGAAGAAGAGUGAUUCUCUCUCUCCAGUGGAAAACGAUGAGAUCAGAGAGAACAUUAUUACAUAUGAUGAUGAAGGUGGAGGAGAGGAAGACACAGCUGCGUUCGACAUCACUGCGCUGAAGAGCGUCCCACAUGCCAUACACACGCGAGGUGCAGGUUCUGUUCCUCUGUAUGGACCUCUGUGCUACAGCAUACACACAGCGAGCAGAACACACAACAUGUUUGGUGUGUGUGGGUCUCGGCUGGACCGAGAUAACCCUCACACACUCCCCAGUGGAUACACCCUAAACGCUGGGCUGUUAGAACCGGGUUCCACGCUCACAGAACUGCCGGAGGAGAGUAAAAGACCUGAUCAGAACCGGGCCAAAGAUUCUGCUAAAAAAAAACAGACAGGAAGUGAUGUCAUCACUCAAGAUCAGGCCCCAUCAUCUCUAAAUGACUUUGCAGAUCCGGUCGGAUCACAUACAGCUCACUUUCACUCUUCCAUCUCCUCAUCUGUCGCUCCGGAUGACAUCACGCAUCCAGACAGCACAGGAAACAGCACAGCUCCAUUUAGAACCAUGGAAGGAACUUUAAUGAGAGCUGGCGGAGAAAUACAUCUGACCGGAACUCCUUUUUUGUACCUAAACCCUGGACAGAACUGUGUUCAGCACCUGGUCAGGCUGCACGUUGAAGGGCGGAGCUUCUUUAGACCUGAUUUAGGGGGUGUGGCUCUCCCUCUGACUCUUAGGGUAGAGGAACUACUACAGCACCAACUUGCCCGUGUGACCUUUGACCCUAUGCAGCCUCCAUACGAUUCACUGCAGAUGUACGAACAUGAGGGGGCGGAGUCAGAGACUGCAUCACUCAGCUCUUUGGAGAGUGAAGGAGAUGAAGGGAUAGAAGGAGAGAACUUAACUGAUUGGGGACCCAAAUUUAACAAGCUGCUGGAGAUCUUCAGAGAGAAGGAACAGGAGAAAGAUGGAGGGAAGAAACAGGAGGAAACGAAGGAGGGACAAAAACAUAGAGAGCAGCAGAAGAGUGCAGAGGAAGUGCACGGAAAACAGGAUAGUGGGAAUAAAGAAGGAUUUCUCUUUAGAGAGAUGAGAGAGUAAAUGAUGAAGAAAAAAGAGUGCCAUUUAACAUGUUGAUCAUAAGAGAUAGAUGGAGGGAAUAAAGAGGAGACAUGAAGGAGUAAGGACUAAGAGGAGGGGAGGAGGUGGUUAGAUAACAAGUAAGGAGCUUGUCGAUGAAAAGCAUUAAAGAUGCAAAGAAGGAGAAAGAGAGAAAAGUAAGAAAGAAGACAAGAGAGAGAGAGAGAGAGAGAGAGAGAGAGAGAGAGAGAAAGUGCAGGGUAGAUCUAGAUAACAUGGGUUUCAUGUAUCAUGAAGGCUGAACGUAAUUGUAGGCAGAGUCUCAGAGAGCUGUCAAUCAGGUGUCCUUAUUAGAAUAUUAGGCCACGCCCACCCAUCCAGCCCGAGUCCAGCUGCUAUUUGAGUGUUUUGUGACUUUUUAUUUUUGUCUCUAACGCUGAACCUUUGUUUUAUACAAACGUGUUAAAUAUUUUACACGUCCUUCCUCCUGCGUGUGAGAGAUCAGACACCGACUGAGGAGCUACAAAACAGCUGAAAUAUUGAUUUGGCCGUGCGAGGUGCAUUGUGUUCAAAAUAAAUCAAUAAAUAAAUAUAGGCCUCAUAAAAAAUACACAGCUCUCACACACACACACACACACACACACACACACACACACACACACACACAGAUGUUACACGUGAGUAGUGAGUGAGUGAGAAAUGAAGUUCGUCCUCCUGAAAGUGUUCAGUCUUCAGUUCUUCUUUCUCACCUUCAGGUAUCUCCAUUUACUUGUUUCUGUGCUGUGAUUAUUAAGCAGCCUAUAAAGAGCUUCAGCUGCCUCAUUGCGAGGAACAGAAGGAGGAACAUGAGUGAGGGAGUGGAAUUCACAUGCUGCUGCACGUCUCUCAGAUCUCUCACUCUGUUAAUAAUGCAUUAUAAACAUCUCCCUAUCACUUCAUACAUACCCCCUUUUCCUUCAUCGCACCGUGAGUGAUCCUGUACAAACGUGUAGAAAUGAUUGCACUUUAUAACACAAGUGUAUGACAUCAUCAUGCCCCUCCCCAAUACACCAAGCCCCGCCCACCACAUAACAUCUAAUAUCAGUAUGUAUAGACGCAUACCGUAAACAAUACGGUUAUAAUGCACGCUAUCGUUUCUAUAGUAACAGCUCAUUCACAGGGAUCUGUACAGAAAACACUGAUGGAAGGAGUCUCCAGUGUCAGUGUUUUUAACUUAGAGAUAAAAACAGAAAGAAUGAAAGAGAAGAAAUAGAGAGAGGAUGGAGAGGGUGGUGAGGGAACGAGUGUUUAUAGCUGCAAUAAUGUAAACAACAACACAAACUUGUUUUACUGGCCAUUACUGUACCUAUAAAUGGAUAAUAAUAAAAACUGUAAUUGUU